AGCUCCUGCUCCUUCUCCAGCACGGCGAAGGCGAGCUCGGGGUGUCUCAGGACCAGCUCCCGGGCGGAGGCGAGCCCCACGAUGCCCGCACCGACCACGGCCACGUCGAAAGUGCUACAAAACACACGGAGAGGCGGCGGACGUGAUGCCGGUGGGCAGAGCCGUGCCAACAGCACGCAGCCUGGGCAAGGUGCUGGCUCCGGGCGCGAGCAGACACUUCUGGGGGUGGCUGAACGCCGUGUUCAACAAGUUGCGUGUUCAUGCUUGGCAGGGUUGUGCCUUCACAUUUCCAGCUAUGGAGCAGUGGGUGCCUGAGGAAGGGUGCGCUUCGCCCCCUUCCUUGGGAGUGGACUAUGAACGCAUACAAGCAGUUGGACCAGACAGGGCAGCUUCAGAGUGGCUGCUGCGGUGCGGUGCCUUGGUGCGCUAUCAAGGCUCUGAGAAAUGGCAGCAGGACUACAACGGUCUCCCCACUGGGCCCUUGGGGAAAUACAAGAUAGAAGCAAUUAAUGCCACCGAGUCUUGCAUCAUGUACAGAGGAUUUGACUAUUUGGAUGGUCUCGAACAUGUUUCAGAAAUCAAGCUGCAGAAGUGUAUUUACAUACAAGACGAGUGUCUGAAGAGGCUCAGUGAGACUAAGAAUCUACAGAAGAGUCUCCUGCAGCUGAAGAUAAUUUCCUGUGGGAACGUCACAGAUAAAGGCAUCAUUGCACUUCACAAGCUGACGAACCUUGAAUAUUUGUAUCUGAGUGACCUUCCUGGAAUAAGACAGAAAGAAACUACUGCUCGCGUCCUUCAGCAGGCACUGCCAAACUUAGAGCUGGAGCUGGAUUUAGAAUAAAUGCAAUUUCACAUAAAUGAAAGGUAUUUGAUUUCAUAGUAUUUAUCAUAUGUUGCAUAAAUGAAGUUGUAGAUGUUACCAUAUUUGCAGGUAUGGAAAUAAGCCCACAUCUCUCAAUCCAGCCUUAAAAGCUGUAUGCAAUCUGUUGACAAAAUAUGGAAAUUAAAUUUCACUAUGC